GUGGUACCGAUCGACGGCGACGAGGCCUUCCUCGCGGCCAUGCAGUACUGCACGGACGACCGGCUCGUGGCCGUGAAGUUCUACGCGAGCUGGUGCCGCGCCUGCAAAUCCAUCGCCCCGCGCUUCGAGCGGCUGGCGAAGGAGUUCGCGGGCGACGAGGUCCAGUUCUUCGAAAUCGAGUUCGCGGCGAACAAGGAGCUCUGCCGGAGGCUCAACAUCAAGAAGCUGCCCUGCGUGCAGUACUUCCGCGGGAGCCUCGGCUGCGUCGACACGGUCAUGUGCGGCCCGUCCAAG